AAGCGCAACCCGGCCCUCCAACGCCUCCCCGUCGCGAAAGAGCACGCGUGCUACUGAUUGCUACCAAAGCCAUUGGUCUCUUUGGGUCAUUCACUGCGACGCAAUGAUCCGCUUUGGCUCGGCUCCACCUUGCGCCCAGCCCCCGACUCGCUGGCGCUGCUGCAUGAAGCUGGGGAAGCUUUUGACUCUUGACUAACAACCUACCACGGUGCUCUUUGUCCCAAUUAAAAUUCUGCAGUUCCGAGGCCAGAGACAGCUGUCGAUUAUAAGAGACCGUUCAUCGCCCUCCCUCUCUCCGGCCUAGACCUUUACACUGACGUAUCACAUUCCACACUCACCUAGAUAAACACAACACCUGCCCGCGUACCGAAGGGGUCAACACACUCUCUCCUCUUCCUGCUCGGCUCUGUACAGACAUCAAUCAUCCUACUGUCGUCGAUACACUCAAUGAACAUAAACGAUUUCCCCUACGAAGUCCUUGCUAAGAUCCUCGAGGAAGUCGCAAAGGCCAAUAUACGUGAUGGUCCCACGUAUACCUUCGGCCUCUCCCAGGCACCGUUGCCACUCCAGAGGGCCACUCUCCAACGCUAUGUGAGGGGCCCGGUCCCCCCUGAGCUGCUCAAGUGGGACGCAACAUCCGCCCUCCGUUCGGUGUGUUGGAAGUGGCACGAGUGGGCUUUGGAGCACUCGCUCAAAGAUCUUUACAUCCGCCGUUGGAAAGGCGGGGAGAGAUGGGCCGAACUCUCCAACAGGCGAGAGAGCUAUCCCCUAUACGAGCUCAUCGACCGCCCGACCGGCACCGCCGUCUAUCGCGAUCCAUUCGCCUCCCUCAAGCGCACCGUCAGCAUCUGUAACGACUUCCCUGAGGUGGCUUGUAAGAUCAAGCGCAUGUGGGUGCAUGGCUUUUACACUGCAGAGACUGAUCGUCUCGUGUUCGAAUCGCUCAAGAAGUGCAGCAACCUUACCUCGUUGUCGCUCCCUUGGACUACGAUUAGGCACCUGGACGCAGAGUCGUGGCGGAGGGUGUUGGUGGGCAGCGGUAAGCCACUCGAGUCGCUGGAGCUACAAUGCGUCGAUCCAACGUCACAGCAAGCCGCGGACAAGGAUAACCAGGUCGACCUUGAGCCUCUACAGUCCGUCAAUUUCAGCCAGCUGCGACGGCUAAAGAUCUUUGGGGAUACCACCUUCAUGCCUAUCACCGACAGCGACCUCUUCGCUAUUGCCCGCACUGCCACGCAGCUCGAAGAGUUCCAUUUGACCUGCAACUCAUCCAUCACCAUUGACGGAGUCAUGGCUAUCGUCAAGGCAUCACACAAGACACUGCGGGUUCUUGAGCACAGCCCGCGGUCACAGGAUGGCUUCUGGCACCCUCACCCCGGAUCUCCGAGCGACUGUGAGCAUCUGUGUGAGACGUUCCGAAACUGCCCCAAGCUAGAGACUCUCUCCAUCUCGCUCCCGUCCGUAUGCGCGGAUAUCUUCUCCAACGAGGACGUCAAGUUCGCUGGCGACCUGCAGGUACGCGCGCUCCAUCUUUGCGAGCAUGAGGACGGUCGGUCGACACAAGAAGCCACCGAUGCUUUGCAGAAGUUGCUGCAGCAGGCUCGUCGUCUUAUUCAUCGACGUGCCGAAAGCGUCAUCCCGCGAGAGCUCUACGUUGAGCUGUUCUUUGCGGACUGCAUCUUUGAACCCGGCUUCAAGUCUGUCCACGGCGACUUUUCUCUGGCGCAGAUCUCAUCUGAUGGACUCUGGCCGCAGAACGUGAGCUUCAGCGGCAAGGGACCCUACGGGAGCACGGGUCUGUACGAGAAGGAGGAGGAGGGUCCAUUCCAGUGCAUCGACGAGGACGGAUUUCUAGCCGGCGUUCGCAGGAGGCUACACUCUAUCCAGACUUGAUCGUGGAUCGAUCGACGCAACGGCCGAUUUCAUUUCACCUGUACACUUGUUUUACGACUUCAGACUCACGAAUUAACGGCCAUAUGCAUGAGCGAAAGGCCUGGAGCCAAGAGAUACCCAGGCAAAUGCAUUGAGGGGGAAAAGUAUUUAUGUUAAAAGGCAUUGGAAUUGCCUCAAAAAGCGGCUCAGUGGGCAUUCAUAUGGGAAUCAGUCUUCUUCUUCUGUAGUACCCCUUAGCAACAUUCUAGCGUAUCAAGUAGGCAUCAAUGCCAAUAUAAUGAUUAGUUAUAUCACCUU